GGUGUCAUGUCCCGGAUGCUAACGAGCUAGCUAAAAGAGGAUGGUGACGUUUGGUCCAUUUCGGUCAACUUGUGGACUUUGCAAGUGAACUUUAGGACCCUCAAAGUCCGUGUUGGCGUUCGAAGUCCGUCCUGCGUCUUCAGACCUGAGCCGAGGAGCCAUGACGGAGUUCCAGGAGAAACUGCGGCAGCAGCACCAGGAGUCCAUGCAGCGCGAGCUGGAGGAGCUGCUCGCCACCGCCGGCGACGCCGAGGCCCAGCGCUGCAGGAAAGACUUUGAGGGCUUCAAGAGGCUCUUCAACGCCUUCCUGCAGGUCAAAGGUCCCGCCGUGGACUGGGCCAAAAUCAGCCGGCCGCCAGAGGACGCCAUCCAAGCGUACGAGAAGAUCAAGGCCAGGGGUCUCCCGGACGACAUCGCCGCCAGCCUCAACAAGCUGGCGGUGCUCAAGCUGAAUGGCGGCCUGGGCACCAGCAUGGGCUGCAAGGGUCCCAAGAGUCUCAUCAGCGUCCGCAACGAGAACACCUUCCUGGAUCUCACCGUGCAGCAGAUUGAGCACUUGAACAAAAGCUUCAAGGCCGACGUUCCUUUGGUGCUCAUGAACUCCUUCAACACAGACCAGGAGACCAAGAAGAUCCUGCAGAAGUACAAACAUCGUCGCAUCAAGAUCCACACCUUCAACCAGAGCAGGUACCCGCGCAUCAACAAGGAGUCGCUGCUGCCCAUCGCCAAGAGCCUGGCGCUGGGCGGGGAGAAUGUGGAGGCGUGGUACCCACCGGGUCACGGCGACAUCUACACCAGCCUGGCCAACUGUGGUCUCCUGGAUGAGCUGCUGGCGGCGGGCAAGGAGUACAUCUUCGUGUCCAACAUCGACAACCUGGGCGCCACCGUGGACCUCUUCAUCCUGCACCAGCUCAUCAGCCAGCCCCCCGAGCGCCGCUGUGACUUCAUCAUGGAGGUCACCGACAAGACGCGCGCCGACGUCAAGGGCGGCACGCUGAUCCAGUACGAAGACCACCUGAGGCUGCUGGAGAUCGCCCAGGUGCCCAAAGCCCACGUGGACGAGUUCAAGUCUGUCAGCAAGUUCAAGAUCUUCAACACCAACAACCUAUGGAUCUCGCUGGCCGCCAUCAAGCGUCUCCACAGCGACCAAGCCAUGGACAUGGAGAUCAUCGUCAACCCCAAGACGCUGGACGGCGGCCUGAACGUCAUCCAGCUGGAGACGGCGGUGGGCGCCGCCAUCAAGAGCUUCAAGAACGCCAUGGGCGUUAACGUGCCUCGCAGCCGCUUCCUGCCCGUCAAGACCUCGUCCGACCUCCUGCUGGUCAUGUCCAACCUGUACAGCCUGGACGCCGGCUCGCUCACUAUGAGCCGCCAGCGCGAGUUCCUCACCACACCGCACAUCAAGUUAGGAAGCUGCUUCACCAAGGUUCAAGAGUUCCUGGCGCGUCUGGACAGCAUCCCAGACAUGCUGGAGCUGGACCACCUGACCGUGUCGGGCGACGUCACCUUCGGGAAGAACGUGUCGCUGAAGGGAACCGUCAUCAUCAUCGCCAACCACGGCGAGCGCAUCGACAUUCCCUCCGGCGCCAUGCUGGAGAACAAGAUCGUGUCAGGGAACCUGCGCAUCCUGGACCACUGAGGAGACAUCAGCUCACCCUCAAUAAACAGCUUCCCCUGGCUCUUAUUGUGAAAUCUUUGCAGGAAGUGAAACGAAAACCACGA